AUGCUAACUGCAAAUAACUACAAACGUAAGAGGCCUAGAUACUCUUCUUCUCAACUGGUUGCACCUUCCAUGUCAAAUGUUGCGCCAGAGAACUAUUUGAGAAAGAAACAACAGCAAUAUUCUACGGUGAACGCCUCCAACCCAGAAGUGAUCAACUUGGACUCAGAUGCCGAAGACUACGCUCUGAAGGACAGCGACGUGCUUGACGACUACUUUGGGUUCGAAAACAAUGACAUUAGUCUUCUGGAUGACGAAGACAGUGACUCUGGUCUUUUAAACAGAGAUGCGGUUCGUCCGAGACAUUCGUUUUCUUCGUAUUACAACACCAACAAUCUCAAUAUUGCCAGUCUCAAGCUCACAGGCUCUUCCGCAAAUAACAUCGCAAAGACUAGGAAGAAACGUACCAAGUCCUUGCCCCAAUUACCAUACUCCAAACUGAAUUAUUAUCCCGAUUUUGAUAAAGAUUCUGUUAGGGAGAAGAUUGGUGACGUCAAGACCACUCUCAUACAACACCAGUUCACGAACUACACGUACGGAUCAUCAAAGCCAGCCAACCGCAAAUUUUCAUUUAACACUGAUGUCCCAUCUAGCAUGGGUUCAUAUCAUCACAGCACGAACUCGUCCUCUGACUCAUAUGAUUCUGCUAAUACUUCAGCAACAUCAAUAGAAGACACCCCGUGUGAUGACAAGGACGGUCAUUAUAUCAUUGUCCCGGGCGCUCCAUUCGCUAACGAUCGUUACCAAAUACAGUCUUUGCUUGGUCAAGGAACCUUUGGUAAGGUUGUCAAAGCUCACGAUAGAUACAACAACUGUUCGGUGGCAAUUAAGAUAAUCCGUGCUAUUCCAAAGUAUAGGGAAGCUUCGAAAGUUGAACUCAGGGUGCUGACCAUGCUCAAGAAACACGACAAGGAUAAUGUCAAUCAAUGCAUUCACCUGAGAGAGUGCUUUGAUUAUAGAGGUCACAUCUGCAUAGUGACGGAUAUCUUGAAGAUCUCAUUGUAUGAUUUCUUGGAGAGAAAUCAGUUCCUCCCAUUCCCUGGUUCGCAUAUUCAGGCGAUUGCCAAACAACUUUUGAGAUCGGUGGCAUUUUUGCAUGAUUUGAACCUGGUGCAUACAGAUCUCAAGCCGGAGAACAUUUUAUUAAAGGAUGAUACCUCUGUAAGGAAGCCUUACAUGAAGCCGAGCGGGACCUCUAGCACGAUGACGUACCGAAAUGUUCUGAACGACCCAAGGAUCUACACAAUCGAUUUCGGAUCCACGGUAUUUGAGGAUGAAUACCAUUCAUCUGUGGUCUCCACGCGACAUUAUCGUGCACCUGAAAUUGUUCUUGGAAUAGGAUGGUCCUUCCCGUGCGAUAUGUGGUCUGUGGGAUGUAUUCUGGUUGAGUUGGUGACUGGUGAUGCUUUGUUCAAGACCCACGAAAACGCUCAACAUCUUGCAAUGAUGGAGCAGGUUUUGAGGGAGCCUGUUGACCUGAAAUUGGUGAGGAAGUGUUUCAGCCAGUUCUAUUACACUUCUUCUUCGCGUCGUAAGUCUUCGACAUCAAGCACAGAAUGUAUCACAAACUGCUUCUCCAAAACAACUGGAAAGCUGCUGUUCCCAACAGCACAAACACCGAUCAAGCUUAUUGAUGAGGUUGAGAGACUUCCCUGUCUCUCCGAUUUGAUUUCAAGCAAGGUGGGAAUGCCAUUUGAAAUGGAUUUGUCUCUAAAGGAUUCGAUCUCCAAGUUCAAGAUCCCAAAGAAACAACAUGACAAUUAUGAGUUUUGGUACUGGUUUAUCGAUUUGCUUAAAGGCUUGCUUAAGUUCGAUCCCGAGAAAAGAAUUACUGCUAUGGAUGCGUUGUCACAUACCUGGUUUAAUUACGGAAUCUUAGACGACGGGACAUUGUCGUUAUAG